AUGAAAGCUAUGCAAAAUUCAUUGCUUAUUUUACUGGUCUUGAUGAUCAACGCCUCGCUUCUUAUUGCUCGACCAUGGCCCCAUUUUUAUCAGAGCGAUAUUGUCGAAGAAGCUGAGAAUUCCGAUGACAUCGAAACUCGAGAUUUAGUCAAACGAUUAGAACUUUCUCCCUGGGUACAUAAACGUAAUCCCGCACUAUGUGAUUAUCGUCUCCAACUUCGACCAUUACCACUCACAAAUGCUCUUUGUGCCUAUGGUCAAACAAAGGACAACAGUCAUCAUAUAAAUCCAUUCAAAUAUGGUUAA